AUGGAGCCGACAACACGAGAUUGGAUGGAUUUGAUCACGGAAAUGAUUUGGGUCAUCGAACGAGAAACCAAAUUCACACUGAGAGGCAUUCAUGAAGACUUCAAACAAACGGGACUGUCGUUCGAUGCGGAAUUUCGCAAUCAUUUCUUGCAAUUUAUUGUAACACGCGUCGCCAAGACAUACGACCAAUUCCAAAUAAGAUUGGAAUUCGAGGAGCUGGAAAAUCGGUACGAUUCUGGUGCAAUGGACAGUGAUGGCUCAUUCGUAGAAUGGAAACAGUCCACUGGGUACAAUCGUCAAAAUCACACACCGGAAAGACCGAGUGUAGCACAAAAGCGGAAAAAACCAGACGAACUUGAUGCCAGCAAUCGCACGUUCAUAGUCAAAAGACCGCGAAUCGAUGGACGAAUCGGAAUGGAAUUGGAUGAGGAAGUUGACAGAGAGCCAGUUGUUGAGGAGGAAAAAAUCGACGAAGCAAUCGAUCCACAAAUUGAACAGAACGACGAAAUUGCAGGAGCAGUUGAAACACCACAAGAAGUGGAAACAAAUGAUAAUGAGUGCCUUGUUUCAACACAGACAAUAACAAUUCAAACAGCUAUUGUUGACGUCGACACCACUCCAGUUGAUCCAGUAGUUGACUUUAAAUGGACAAAGAAAAGAUGCAGCCGAAGACUUACCCGUCCUUCUCCAGGUGAUAAACAAGCUGAAGACGCUGGCAGACAGCAGACGAAAGCAACUUCUACCCGAUCUUCCAUUUUGGCUUCAGCUUUGACUAGGCCGGCUCCGGCUUCAGUAAAGAAGGCAAGAAUGCAAGCGCUCACAUCAGCACAAGAUGCAGAAAAGCCAACCAAAGGCAGCACCGACGUCAUGAAUCAAAGUAGUGGCACCGCACCACGACCGUGUGCUCCAAAAACCAAUCUGAGAUCAAGCAUUGCACCGACUCAAAAAACACUCAUUGUGAAUGGAAUAAAGCGAUACAAAUGUGACGAAUGCGACUACAGUAACAGCAGAAGAGAUAGAAUAUCGUUGCAUAUGUUGGAGCAUAAAGAGAAGCCAUUCCGCUGUAAAUUGUGUCCAAAGAAAUUCGCCGAACAGGAUCUUCUUGACAUUCAUUUGAAAGUUCAUCAGAAUAAAUGUUCGCGAUGCAAAAAAAAAUUUGCCGACAAAGGAGAGAUAUGUUUUGGUACAACACAUGCUUAA